AUGCGCGAAAUUGUCUUCAUUAAUUACGCGAAUGGUCAUCAUCGGAAUGACACCGAACAGCAAAGUUGUAUCUCGGCCCAUUCAGCGAAGUUGAAGCAAUCGAAGAGAAAAGUACUGGGCAGCAAGAGGUGUCUCAAUGAGGUUCCAGAUGCCACCAACAAGAAUGUCCUUGGCUCGCCACGACGAAAGCAUCGGUCUCCAAUACACAACCUGUCGAACGCCGAAGAACUGUUGGCAGAGGAAGAUGUGAUCAUAAAUAGUAUCAAAUUCGAUCCUUACGACAAGCUUGCGUACAUGAACAUUCCAGAGCAUCGGAGGAUAGCCGACUAUGUCAUUCGACACUAUGCACGCCGAAUACAACCCCUUCAGCGAGCCACCGGCACUGCCAAAACGUCGGCUGAAAAGAACUUUGCGAUGGCAUUAAUGAGUCCGGAGCUCUUCUACGCGAUAAUGGCUAUGGGAUGUGCCGAUUACGAAAUGAGAAUGACACAUAUGAUCCCAGAAAAGCCAUCACAACGUGUGCUACUCUUCAAAGGGUUGGCUCUCCAAACACUCUCGUCCAAACUGCAACAUCACUUUGAAGACGUAGACAUGGCUGCUGUUUUGGCCAUUGUUAUGCUAAUGGGUCUCGAUAUAGCAUUUCAGGACUUUCAACCGGUGAUGAUACACCGGCGUGCCUUGCGACAGCUAAUAGCGCUACCACACGUACCUGGCUUACCUGCGUCUGGGGCUUUCUUGACCCACGAGAACUUGUCCUCCUUCACCGACAGCUUUCUUUCCGAGGAGGAACCGGCGUGGAACAUUGAUCCCACCGAGGACAUGCUAUUCCCCUAUUCGUCCGAUCAACACCAACCACUACGUUACCCUAGUGCUGCUGAGCUCGCAACUGUCCUGCCGAAGAUACCCGCAGGAAUUCGAAAUGUAGCACUGGAUGGUGCCCUCAGCAUGGAAUUGCUGGAGAUCAUGAUGCGAGUGACCCAAUUAACGACGAUUCUUCACAAAGGACAGCGUCGAGAUGAACCCCUCACAAGUGCCGAGACCGCGUACGUGUUAGCAUACAGAGCUGAACACGAGUUUCACAAUUGUAUCGAUUGCUUGCGCCGCAUCUCUCUUCGGGAAAGGCCAGAGGCGGCCACGAUUGCGAACCCGGGGAGUAUCGUCAUCGAGCACGUCGUUUGCCUGGCUUUACUGCUUCUCUGCAACUGUGAAUUCGGGUGCAUGCUCCAUGGGCCUAUUUUCAAGAAAACACACGAUGCUUUCCGCGUUGCUGUCGAACAAUGCCCGGUCAAAUUGGGACAAGAAGACUGCAUGAUCUGGGCGCAAUCCAUCGGGCUAUGGGCGGCAGUUCUCACGACGGGCGAGAAGGGCCAGGAUGCAGAGUUCUACAUUACGAGGUUUCGACGAGGUUACACCAAGCACUUGUGCCUCGAGGAAUACAAAGAUGUUCUGAAGAAAUUUCUCUGGACGGAACUCAUGAUGAGAUUCUGCGAACGAAGCUUUGAGCGGUUUGUCGUAGCUCCGACGGAUUCGAAGACCUGA